AUCUGCGUUUCCCAGAUGAGGAAAAGGAAGCCGGAAAGAAUGGAUCGCAAAAUAUGGAAGAAGUUGAGAGUUUGCACCCACCUCCCCAACGACUGAACUGUCCUGCCUGCCCUCGUGGGCGGGGCCCCGGGAGUCUCCUGGGGACAACAGAGGCCUCGGCAACACAAACCACUGUGUUGCAGCAACAGGCCAGUAGUCGAGGCGGCACCGGGCUUGGGGCAGCCCAGAGUCUUUUUUGCCUAUGGAGUAUGUGGCAGCCCCAGGCCCCAGGUCAGGGGCCCCACCUCGGGCCACCAAGAAUGUUCUGCCGCGGGCCGAGACCUGGCUGCCAGGAGUCCCUGGGGGUGCCCCAACUUGGGCCACCAACCUUGAGACAGAGGUUCCCUCAGAUCUAGAGCUGAGUGAGGAGCAGCAGCUGCAGGUGGGUGUGGGGGCCCUCGGGCACUGGCAGGAGGGAGGGCAUCCCCAGGGCCCCACAGGCCCCACCUCUCAUCCUGGCCAUCCACAGGUCUGCAAGGAGCUGGUGGACCUGCAGAUCAAAACCCAUCGCCUGAAGGAGCAACACGAGGCUGAAAUCUUCGAGCUGAAGAGUGAGGUCCUGUGGCUGGAGAGCCGGGUGCUGGAGCUAGAGCUGCACGGAGAGCAGGCAGCCCCAGCAGAAGCUGAUCCGGGGCACCGCCAGGCACUGGCACAGGAGCUUGGGCACAAGGCCUGGGGGCAGGGACACUCCGACCACCACAGACUCCAGGCACAGCCCAAGGACUUCCUGACCCCUGAGAACAAGCAGCAGAAACUGGGGGAUGGUCCGCAGGGAGAAGUAAAUCGGGCGCCAGAGCAGCACAGGGCUCGGCAGCAGGCACUGGAGACGCGUGUGGCAGCCCUGGGCUGGCAGCUGCAGGGAGCCCAGGAGGAGGCCAAGACAGCUGGGCAGCAACUGGCUGCACAAGCCUUGGUAUUGUCUGCCUGCCGGGGCCAGCUCCACCAGGCUGAAGCAGAGAACGCCCGGCUGCAGCUGCAACUCAAGAAGCUGAACGAGGAGUACGCCAUCCGACUGCAGCACUGCGCCCGAACCGUGGCUGGGUAUGCAGAUGGUGCAGGCCCAAAGCCUGCAUCCACAGCCCUUCGGACAUUCCUGGAAACCACUCUGGAGGACAUUCGGGGGGCGCAUCACAGCCGUGAGCAACAGCUAGCCCGGGCUGCUCGCACCUACCGCAAGCGCCUGGCAGAUCUGAGCCGGAGGCACGAGGAGCUGCUGGCUGCCCAGAGUGUGCAACAGGUGCUGGUGGAUCCCAACGGGGCACCCAGGACCCCCAAGGCUACCUCUGGUGCAGCCACCUCAGACAUGGAGCCGCCACCCCUGCACACGGUCACCAAAUUCGGCCACCUGAGGGAGGCCCAGGCUAGGCUGGAGAAGCAGCUCCAGAAGCUCCAGGCCCAGAAAGAACCCAGUGAAGCCUCUCAGGGGGGCCCAUUAGAGCCACAGGGCCUGGAAGCUGCAUCCUGGGCCCAGAUCCGCCAGAAGCUACAGGACUUUUCCCGUGGCACCCAGGUAUUGGGCAAAGCCUGGCCAGAGGCCCCUCCUCACACUGUGCCCAGGCUCAUGGCUUAUGUUCCCCCAUUCCAGGCAGAGCUGGAAAGGGAGAGAGCACAGCUUCUAGUCCGAGCCAUGAUGGCUGAGGAGCAACUUUCUGAGCUACAAGAGUACGUGGACCAGCACCUGGGCAGGUACAAGCAGGAGAUCCUGAGGCUGAGGAAGCUGGUGGGUACAGGGAACCCCUGGAAAGCGGGGGCCACACCUCCAGCCAAGCUGCAGCACCCAAGGACCUGCAGCCGUUAGCUGGUCAACAGAUAAACUUGGAGCAGAACUCUUCACAGCCAGCAUGGAGCCCUCCCCACAGCACCCCCUUGGGAGAUCAUUCCACCCAGCUCUCCACCCAACAAAAAUCAGGCUGGAACCCACUGAGUCUUUA